CUUCCCCGGCCGGACGACCGAUGAGGUCCUCUCAUUACUGACCACACCUUUCACAACCAGUCCAUUGUUCCUCCCGCCACCAUGUCCUCCCAAGCCCUCAUAAAACGCCAGAGCGAAUCCGCUCUGAUGCCCCCUCCCCCACCCCCAAAGCGCAUCAAACGACCCGCCACCGUCCUCGACGAAGACGUCUACACCGACGCCUUGUCCGACAUCAUCGCCCGAGACUAUUUCCCGGGAUUACUCGAAGCCCAGGUGAAACAGGAUUACCUGGACGCCCUCGACUCAAAGGACAAGGAAUGGAUCGCCACUUCGAAGAGGAGGCUAGUCGACGUGCUAAGAACGCCCGGCAGAGCCAGGCAGCGCCCCGCCGCCUCGGGCACCACACCACAGUUCUCUAACGCGGGGGACACGCCGACCGGAUGGCGCGGUGAGACGCCGUUGUCGGUGGGCUCUGCGACUCCGUCGACUGUCGCCCCCUCGACGCUGUCCCAAGAGGAGAGCGCCGCACCGGACGUGUCCCGGCUUGGACUCCUCGAGUUCCAGGCUAAAUACACCAGCGAGGAUAACGAGUCGUUCAACAAGGUCCUGGACAAGCAGAACGCCAAGCGCCGCGAGCACUACGCCUGGAUGUGGAGCGGGAAUAAGAUUCCCACGGCGCGCCAGAUCGCACAUCACCGGCGGGAGACCAAGCGCAUCGAGACCCAGGGGGGCACGCCCUCCUCCGACCCGACCAACCAGGCGGUAGCCAUCAAGACGGACCUAGACGCCCGACCCGCAAAGCCAGACGCAUGGAAGGCCCGGGCGGAGAACCCGCUCAUGUUCGCGCCCCAGUCCAUCGAAGACGACCACGAGACGAUCCAGCAGCGCGCUGAAGCUGCCUCGCGCGCGGGGCCCAAACACGUCGUCUAUCAGAAUACUCGUCUACCAGACGAAACCCACCGCGCGCCACCCCCUCCCCCGUCCCCGUCUAUCUCCGCUAUCAAAGACGCCAUCGCGGGGCGUCCGCGCCUCACAGACUCCGAACCGGGCUACACAGGCGGCGGCGAGACGCCCCGCGUCAACGGCUACGCCUUUGUCGACGAGGACGAACCAGACCCCGCCACCACAUCCGCAGACGACUUCAACGACCUUCUAGGCAGCAGCGAUCCCCAAGACCGUACCCCCAACCCAUUUUCCAUCCGCGAGAACCGCCACCGCGAAGCCCUCCACCACCGCAUGGUCGACCGUGUGUCACGCAAGAAACGGGCCGAAAAAGCCGCCCGCGAGACCAAGACUCCUGUCAACCGCACCCCACGUUUCGCCAGCAGUCCGCGCUUGGAUUUUGGUUCGCGCGGUCAUCCUCCUGCGGGGGGUGUUACGCCGGGGAAGGCCCUCACGCCUGCUGCGCAGAAAUUGCUCCAUCAGGUGGGGGGGAGUACGCCGCGGACGCCGGGAUUUUCGUCUUCGUCGGGGUCGGGGUUGAGGAAUAUGUGGACUCCUACGCCGAGGAGGGGGAAGUAGCCUUUUUCCUUUUUUCUAGGGGAUGGGUUUCUUGCGCGGGUUAUACGUGAGCUUAUCGUUGCAUUUCACUGCACUACACUACACUACACUACACUACUGUUACUACUAUAUUAUAUUGGAUGGAUCGGAGUAUGGGAUAAACAGGUAUAGGCGUUGGGAUCUUUCAAAGGAGUUAUGGGCUGGUUAUUGAGUUGAUAUUAGCGAAUUUCUUUUUUAUACCUUACAAUCAAGCAUCAUACAGUCAUUGAUUUGUAUUAACUAGUUCAUAUAUGACUGGGUCCAUAUCAAUCUAGU